CAUCAUCAUCGCACAUAAAAUAGCAUCAUGUUGCGCGAGCCUUAUUCUGACCUGCCGAAGUCUUUUCAAUAAUGCACAAUAAUGUGUGUCGGAUAUGCGAUACACGCUGCAACGAAAAGACUCGUUUGGUAUUUACGAACUGAUAUGGGAAUUUAUUGGCCAUCACGUUCAGCGCGUCGACGAGGAGAUUCGAGAGGGCUGAAAAUCCAUGAUGCAAUUACGUUAGAUCUCAUAUUUUCACGGUUUACCUAGUUUUUUAGCAUUGUCAUCGUCAUUUCAGACCACUGUGACCUGAUGAAUUUUAUCCAGUGAAAGAUGUUUCACCAUGGUGAUAACGAAGGCAAGAAAUCUCCGUUUGGACAUCUUGUCUGCAGUCCGAUUAUUCUCUGUAUCCUCCUCCUUCCUUAUCUGGUCACCGCCUUCCCGGUUAACGCAGAAGUGGAGCCGUUUUGCAAGGAUCCUGCUGUGCCUGAACACGGAGUCCGAUCUCCACAAUCUGGUUUGUUCUUUGAAAACUCAGUGGCCAGGUUCUCUUGUGUGGAAGGUUACAGGUUAAAGGGGCCAGCCAAGAUUGUCUGCACGCACUUCCAUAAUGGUUCAUUUGGCUGGAAACCAAGCCUUAAACCAGUGUGCCUUUCAGAGGAUUGUCUUCCUCCAUUCAUUGAGGAUGCUGAUGUCACAAAUAAGACCUACAGACCCGGGGACAGCCUUCUCAUUAGCUGUCGUGAUGGAUUUCAGAUUAGGUACCCUGACAUGGAAACUAUGGAAUCAGUCUGUCAAGCCGAUGGGACAUGGGAUAAUCAGCCAACCUGUCAAGGUUGCCUGCGCCCACUGAUACCUCCACACAGUUACAUGAACAUCUCAGAAACUGAGUUCUCUGUGCCUGUGGGAACAGUAGUCCACUACCAGUGUUUCCCUGGUUACAAGCUGGAGGGACCGGAGCUUCUAGAAUGCAUGUAUAAUCUCAUCUGGUCAGACACGCCACCCCGGUGCCUUGAUGUUGAGGCAUGUUCCUUACCCCCAAUGAUGGAACACGGAGAUUACAUGUGCCAUCCACAACCAUGUGAUCGCUACAUUCAUGGGACAGUCGUAGAAUACUUCUGUUAUCCUGGCUACUCUCUAGCGAAUGACUACAAGUACAUCACCUGUCAGUAUGGGCAAUGGUUUCCACAGAUGCAGUUCUACUGCAUCAAAGAUGACACAACCUGGCCUGGUUUUCAGGAUUCUCUGCUGACUACAUGGAAAGUGGUGGCAUGUACAGCCACCAGUGUGCUGCUAGCCCUGCUCUUGGUGAUCACAGCCAAAAUGUUCCUCUUCAAAUGCAAGUCCCAAGGUCCAAGUUUUCUUCUCAGUGAAGAGCAGGAUGAGAGCCGAGAUCCAAAUAUCUUGGUUGUAGAUGGCGUUGCCGUACCCCUUCCCUCUUAUGAAGAGGCUGUAAGUGGUACAUACUGUCACCCCCCAAGCGAUCUGCCCCCUGCUGGUCUGGGGAGCACACAGCAUUCAGAAGAACAAAACCCACCUUCAUAUCCAGGGUACUCGGGAAAUGAAAAUGGUGUGCCGUUGGACACUGGUGAGGUUGAGACUUGUGAUAGCAUCUCAGACACAUCAGAAUGUCUCGAAGGCGUACAGCCAUCGUCUUCCCAUGCAGGUGGACUAAAUAACAUAUCUGAGAAAACCAAUGCCAUCGCUUCUAUGGAGGAGACUGCCUCCACAAGCCCAAGCAUUGACAUUGCUGAUGAAAUUCCUCUUGUGGAGGAUGCUGAAGAGGACUGCUGAUUUUUACCCUUCAAUGACAAUGAGACACAAAUUGAUUUUCAAUAUUGUUGGUUAUUUCAGCGUACAUCUCUGAUUUUGUUAAAAAACACGACUGUAAUACUGUUCAAAGUAAGGAAGGAGGCGGGAACCGGUGAACGUUAAACAAACUUUUAAUCAAAUAAACAAACAACAAAACGAAAGUAAAGGGCCGACAGCUACCUCACGGUCAACUGCCGGCCACACAAACAUAAAUAAAACUUAAUAUAAUGUCCAGGCCUGGUCCUCUCUCGUCGUACACUCCUGUUGCUCGUCCUUUUAUGCUUCCGUAGCUCCUCCGUGAGAGAUGCGAGACCGGUGCAACGCGCAGCUGACACUCAUCAUCACCCGCAUCACCGGCCUCGCACCGUUCCCUCACGGCUCUCGUCCCGCCUUCCACGUUACAUACCCCCAUCUCCCCUCACAUGCCGGGGGGUACCCACGAGACUGUGCUCUACUCCCCCCCGGGGGCCAGUCUCGGCCGCCACAGCACCUGGGGCUGGGGGUAUGGAACGAGACGAGAGAAAAGGAGACGGAAGCACAAGGAGCGACAGGGAGGAGAGGGGAGAGAGGAAAAAGAAAACAAAUCUGGUCCGGUUCCCUGACACACUGGCUGUGUCUCAUUUCGUAAGGCUGCAUCCUCCAGAGGUUUCAUUUGAAGGCUGCUAUGUCAUCAAGGCUGUCUCGUUUCAUAAAAUCAGGUAGGACUCUCCGGAGGCACCCUUCAAAUGCGACCUUCUUUGACAGGAAUUCGGAGGAUACAUGAGCUGUAUCCUUCGUUGCUGGAGAUAACCCACAAUUUUUUGCGUCGGCCAACGCCUGUUAUUUGAAUAAACGGCAACAGCUGCACAUUCGAUCAAAUAUGUGGUGUUAACAUUUUACAAUUUGUGUCAUGUUUUUUUUAUCUCAGCAGGCAUAUGUAGUAAAUAGGUUUACAAGUGUUUAGUGAUUUUUAAACGUUUUGGAACAGUAAGGCACAAAUUGUAUAUUUCUUUAACUCUUUUGGCAUUGUAUAGGGUAGAAAAUAACGUAACCAACUUUUUACCUCUUAAAUCAUGUAAAAAUCAUUUAAAUUAAUUUGACAGGUGUGCGAGUGCAACGUGUUGUCAUAGCAACGUGGUACUUCCUGUUUCCUUUUCUGCCCGUAUGUCCUACUAAGGACAUCUCGUUUAAUUCCAAGUUGAGAAUCCUCCGUAUACCUCAUCCUUUAGAGGAUGAUACCUAUGGAGGACACAAGGACGCAGCCUUACGAAACGAGACAGAGCUACUGUCGCUCGGUCCUCAGCCAGCCGUUUCCUGCUCCUCCCGUUCACGGCGGACGGCAGCAGGCUUCGGCCAACGGCGAGGACUCCUCCGCUCCUUCCCGGACAGCAACCACCCCACCUCGGCCCAGGAGCACGGCAGCGAGGUCUUCGUCCCAUCCGAAUACUUGCUCCAGCACCACCGCCUCGGGCAGCCACUCGUGGACUUCCCUCGUCCGCGCUGCUCGAACUCCUCAGCACCGCUAUCACCCUCAGCAGCGAGGGCGCUCCGACAGCAUGUCUCUCCUUCCUCCCGGGUUUCGGCACCUAUGUAAUACAGUUCCAAGUAAGGAAGGAAGGAGGCGGGAACCGGCGAACAUUAAAUAAACUUUUAAUAAAAUAAACCAACCAACCACAAAACGAAAGUAAAGGACCGACAGCUACCUCACGGUCAACUGCCGGCCACACAAACAUUAAUAAAACUUAACAUAAUGCCCAGGACUGGUCCUCUCACGGCGUACACUCCUGUCGCUCGUCCUUUUAUGCUUCCGCAGUUCCUCCGUGAGAGAUGCGAGACCGGUGCAACGUGCAGCUGACACUCAUUAUCACUCACCGGCCUCGCACUGUUCACUCACGGCUCUCGUCCCACCUUCCUCGUUACAACUACAUAAUGUCAACGUCUCAUUAAUCAUACAUUGGUAUUUAAUAAAGAGCACACCAGGGAAAUGAAGGCAAUAAAAUAAUGAAAAACAAAAUAAUACCUGAUAAUUUCUUAUGGAGAAACUAUGCACUCCAUCAUGGCAUAUUAUAUUAAUUUAAUUUUACAUCUACAUAGUGCUUAGAAAUUAUUUUUCCUGUGACUUUUACUGGGUAACUGCGCUGCAUUCUAGACAGCUUUCAAACAGUAUGGAGUGUAAGUAAAUGAAUUAAAAUACUUCUUAAAAAAAUGUAAUCUGAGUUUGUUGAUUCAUUUCAAAUUCUUAGCUGAAUUGGGCAAACUGGGAGUGAAAAGAUCAGGUAAGCCGCAAAUAUCUCGAUACGCUUGACUAGAACAGUGUUCCCAACCCUGGUCCUCGGGGCACACCUUCCAGAAUGUUUUAGA